AUGGCUACUAUCGAAAAAAAUAAAAACGUCGAAAGUGAAAUAAGUGUUUUUUAUAAAAAUGAAAAGAAAAAUAAAUCAACGAAAGUAAGAGAGCAUAGUUCUAUUGUGAACGAUGAAAAAAAGGAAGUUGAGUUUAAUAGUUUAAAUGAAAAUAUUAAGGAGCAAGGUUAUGGAAAUGUAUUUAAUAUGAACAGCCAGGUGAGUGGUGUUGUUAAUAUAUCUGAUGAAGUCGAAAAGAUAGGAAAAGUGUCUAAAACGGGAAAAAAUAUAAAAGCAGGGAAAUCUUCAAAAGGUGGAAAAAAUGAUGAAAACAAAAAUAGCAACAGUAAUAAUAAUAAUAAUAAUAAUAAUAAUAUUAAUAAUAUGAAUGAUGGUGAUGAUAAAGAUUGUGCGAAUUAUGUACAUAAUAUGAAUGACAGGAAUAAUUUAAAUUAUAUAAAUGAACCAUGUGAUAAUAAAAAAAAUACAGAAGGAUAUGAUGAAAAUAUUUUAAACGAUGAAGGUAAUUUAAGUGAUGAAGGAGAAGAAGUAGAAGAAGAAAAUGUAGAUGAAAGAGAUUUAAUUCUUCAAAGAUAUAAACAUGGUAUUAAUAUAUCUCUUAAUUUUAGUGAUAUAAGACAAAGAAAUAAAAUUAUCGAUUUCUAUUCUGAAUGUUUAGAUAAAUAUAAAAAUGAAUGUAAUUUUGUUUAUUAUCAAAAUUAUAAUAAUACUAAUAAUGUUAUCAUUAAUGAUACUAUAGAUAUGAGUCCAAUAAAUACAAAAUAUUUUAUGAACGAACAAUUAGAUCCUACUAAUAAUCUGUCCAAUUCUAAUGAUAAAUGUGUUAAUUCAAAAAAUAAAAAUUUAAUAAAAUAUGGAAAUAAUAAUAUGACAGUUAUAAAUAAUAAUGGAAAUACAAAUGAAAAUUCGAACACUAAUAUAAAUGCAAACAUGAAUACAAAUAUAAAUAUGAACACAAAUAUAAAUAAUAAUAAUAACAAUAAUAAUAAUAAUAAUAAUAAUAAUAAUAAUAACAAUAAUGGUAUUGGUGAUAAUAAUAAUAACAAUAAUGUGAAUAUUUCUAACAAUGCUUAUCCUAAUGAUCCUUUUAAUAAUGCAAAUAAUUCAGUCCCAUAUAUGGACGAUUUUAAAAAUUUUGAUUUACAAAAAAAAAAACAAGAAUCUCUAGACCCCUUAUUAAAAUGUAUUAAUUCGUUAUCAGAUCGAAUUAAUCUUCAACAUUUAGUAGGAGAUCCCACCACUUAUUUUAAAAUAGGAGGAGGAGAUAUGUUUUAUGAUAUUAAUGAUCCUUUUUUAGAUGAUGAAGAAAUGUACAAUGAAUUGAAUAAAACAAAGAAUGAAAUUAUAUUAACAAGACAAAUAGAAGAUGAAUAUAGUGUUUGGAGUGGAGAUAUGUCAGAUGAGUACAUAGAUAUUAAUCCUGAUUAUUUUAUAUCUUUUUAUAGUUCAAAAUGUAAAUAUAUUUUUACAAGUGAUGAUGAGGAAAAAUUAGAAGAAAAACAAAAACAAAAACAAAAACAAGCACAAACACAAACACAAACACAAACACAAAAGCAAAAACAAAAUAUUUAUGACAAAUGUGGAGUACCUUCAAGAGGAACUUGUGAUGAUGAUAUCAUUAAUAUUGAUGAAGACAACAACAACAACAGCAAUAAUAAUAAUAAUAAGAAUAAUUCGUAUGUCAAUACAAAGAAUAACAAAUAUUAUGAUAAUUAUAAUAAUCCUAAUUCUAAUGAUGAUAUUAUAAGUUCCUCAUCAUAUUCUGGAUACGAUUCGACAGACGAUGGUACACUUGAUAAAUAUAAUUUUAAAGGAAAUUUUGAGAAAUAUAAAUACGAGUUUAUUAUUUAUUCAAGUGAUGGUGAUUUAGAUUCUUGUUCUUCUACUUCGUCAGAGGAAGAACAUUCAGAUGAAUCAGAUGUAUCGGAAGAAGAAAUCAUAUUUAAUCCUUUUGCUUGGAAAAAGUUUGAAAAACAUAUUCCUUGUGAAUUCAUUGGAUUAUUUGAAAACAUGGAAAAACAGCUAGAUAUGUUACCCCUUGAAGCAGAUAUAUCAGAAAUAAAACAUAUCAUAAAAAAAUAUAUAUAUAAUAUAUUUUCACAAGUUGUAAAUAAAUGCAAAAAUGUAAUACAUCAUUUUAAUAAACCUUUAAAUGAUUUUCUUGAAAUAGACAUUAAAUUAUUAAGAUGGUUAACAACUAUAAUGAUUAAAACAUCUAAUUCUUUAAACGAUAUAGAUAUAUGUAGAAUGUGGUUUGAACAAGUAUUUUCAUAUAAUACACGUGUAUAUAUAGAAUAUGAAAAAGAGUUUAUUGCAAGGAUAAAAACAUCCAAAAUUUUUGAGAAGAAUAAUAAACAGUAUAUGAAUGAUUUGUUGAAUAAUAUUACCUUAUGGAGAAAAUAUCAAGAGGACAAAGAAAAAGAAAGUUUAUCCAAGGACAUGUCUGAAAUUAAUAAUAUACCUGACUCAAAUAAUAAUACUACUACAAACAACAGCAACAACAACAACAGCAACAACAACAACAACAACAACAACAACAACAAUAAUAAUAAUAAUAAUAAUAAUAAAAUCGUAAAGAAGAAUAAAAAUAACAAUAAUAAUAAUCAUGAAUCCAAUGAGGAAAAUCAAAAUAGUUUUAUAAAGAAUGAAGACAAUUAUGAUAAUAAUAAUAAUAAUAAUACAGGAACAAAUUCGCACACAUAUAAUAAUAACCGUAGUGGUAAUAGUAUAAUAAAGAAUAACAAUGGAAAUGUUAUAAACUUAGAAAAUAAAUCUAAUCAUUCGAAUGAGAUAAUGAAUAUUGUGAAAAAAGGAGAGAAUUCAGGUGAACAAUGUAAAUCCAAAUUUAUGAACAUAAAAAAGGAAUCUGACAAUAAUGAUAACACAUCAUUGUAUUUAUCUAAUCAUAGUACUAUGGCACAUAUAGAUAACGAUAAGUUUGUAUCUGAUGAAGGCACUGCAGCGAAUAACAUAAAUGUAGCAAACAAUAACAACAACAACAACAACAACAAUAAUAAUAAUAAUAAUAAUAGUCAGAAGGAUAGUCAUACAAAUAAACAUUGUAAUGAUCUAAGUGGUGAUAUGGCCGAUUAUCAAUAUGAUGAUACUAAUAAGAAUAAAAAUAAAAUAGACAAUAAAAGAAAGGAUAACAAAUCAAAUAAGAAUCAACAUAAUAAUUUGAUAAUUCGUAAUGAAUAUAAUAAAAUGGAUGACAAUAAAAAUAAUAGUAGCAAAGAUGAAGAAGAUACAAAUAAUGAGGAUGAUACACUCGAACCUGAUAAUUCAAUACAUGAUAAUAAUAAUAAUAAUAAUAAUAUCAAUAAUAAUAAUAUCAAUAAUAAUAAUAAUAAUGAAUAUAAUAUAAAACUUGAGAAAUAUUUUGAUAUUCUAUCAGAUAUUUCUUUGGAUAUAUUAAAUUAUAUUAAAAUGUAUACUAAACAAAAAAUUUUAUUAAAAGAAAUGAUAUCAGCUGGUUUUGAAGCACUUGUGGAAAAACAAUAUAAAUUUUUUAUGAAAUUACCAUAUAUUACUGUAUCAGAAAUGUUAACGAAUUUAUUUAAUUUUAGAUAUAAAAGAAAUAUUACAAUAGCUUAUGACUAUGUGGAAAGUUUAAUAGGUUUUUAUCAAGACAAAUAUAAAAUGGAUAUAUCAUAUGAAAGAGGAAAAAAUAAAAAAGUUUUCUUAUUUGAUACAACCGUUAUGCAGAAAUUAAAUAAUUUAUAUUAUAAAAAUAAAUAUAAUCCAGUAAAGGAUAAAAAUGUAUCAAAUAAUGUUUCAAAAGAUGAAAAUAAAGGAAAAAAUAAUAAUGUAACUAAUAAUAAACCGAAUAUUGAUGAAAGAAAUAAUAUUAAUAGGAAAAAAUAUAUUCAUAAUUUCAAAAAUGAUAUAGAAGGAACAACAGAUAUUCAAAGUAAUAAAAAUUAUCUUACAACAAAUAAAAAACAUGGCCUUAUAAAAAAUAAUGAUAUAACAAAUAAAAAAAAAUUAAAUGAUAAUUAUAAAAGUAAUUCAAUUAGCCACUAUAUGCAGGAUAACCAUCAUAAUCAAUAUAAAAAUAAUAAUAAAAUAAAUAAAACGAAAUGUGUCAACGGAAAUGAAAUUAUUAUUUGUUCAGAUGAUGAAAGUUAUGAAUAUGAUGAUGAAGAAGGAGAUUAUGAUGAUGAUGAUGAUGACGACGAUGAUGAUGAUGAUAAUGACGAUAAUGACGAUAAUGACGAUAAUGACGACGAUGAUGAUAAUAACAAUUUUGAAGAAAUACAAAGAACAAAAUAUAAAAAAAAACAUAAUCACGAAAAAAGUCGCAAUUUUAAUCAUAACAUUGGAUAUAAUAGUAACGUGACUACUGAUAUUACUAAUUUUUUUGAUAACCUAUCAAAAGAAGAAAAAAAAAUAUAUAAUCAUCAUAAUUAUAAUAGCACUGCUAGUAGUAUUAUUAGUAGUAAUCCUACUACAAAAUAUAAUAGGAAAAAUAUUAGUAAUUCAGUUAUUUCUCAAUAUAUUUAUCAUAAUACAAAUUCUGCCGACAUUGUAAAAAGUAUUCAUACAAGUAACAACAUAUAUCAUAAUAAAUAUAAAAAAAAAAAUAAAUACGAUGAUGAUCAUAAUUUUAUCCUAUCAGAUGACAAACCUGAUAUUAAUUCAAGUUAUAAUUUAAAUGAACAAAAUAAUUUAUAUAAAAAGAGAAAAUUAAAAAAUGACUGUCUACCAAAUAUAUAUAACAAAAAUAAUAUAUAUCAUGAAAAGAAUAAAAGAAAAUCUAUGGAUUCGAAUAAUAAGAUACAAAAGACGCAUAAUUUUAUAUGUAUUAUAUCAUCGGAAGAGGAAAAUGGUUGUUAA